AUGCUCAAGUCGACGCAUACACCCUCGGCAGCUGCCCUGGCGCCGCUGCCUCCAGGAUGGAGUGAACAUACAGCACCUACAGGACAUACAUACUAUUAUAAUGCCGAAACGAAGGAAUCAACCUACAAGCGACCGGGAACUCAACCUCCUCCGCAGCCUGUGCAAGCACAACAGCCAGCAUACCCUGCCUACGGUUCAAUACCCUCUCUAGCCGAUCCUAAUGUCGCCAAUGCCUAUAUGGCACAGUUCAAUCAAGAUCAGAAUGGUUCAAGACCACGUAACUCACGAGGCGGACAUGGAGGCGGACGUGGGGGAUUCGAAGGUCGACCUCGUCCACAGCCCGUAGACAAGCCGAGGAGGAAAGAACCGAUUCCAGGCUGUGAACCUUGGAUUCUAGUCUACACGAAAUACUCGAGGAGAUUUGUGUAUAACCCUGUUAAGAAUACCAGCUACUGGCGCAUACCAGAGAAGCUGAUGCCCGCCAUUCUGGAGCUUGACAAAGCACGACUGAGGAAAAAGGCAGGAGGAGAAGCAGAAGAAGAGACGAAAACCGAGCAAGAGAACAACACGGGAAACACGGCGGAAGAAAAUGCGACAACUCAGAAGGCAGAUGCUCCUGCAACAGGUCUGAACGACGACAGCGAAUAUGAAGAGGUUGAGGUGACGGAUGACGAAGGCGAGGGUGAAGAUGAUGGGGAACACCCGUCUAAGAGACAAAGGACGGAAGACCCUCAAAUGGACGAAGACGGGCCCUUGGAAUUCACAGAAGCCGAUUUUGCAGCACAACUACAGGCAAUGGGAGAUGACUAUGGUCUCGAACCAGGCGAUUAUGACGACGGAAAUGCGGAGGAAUGGCCCGAAGGCGCUGAGGGAGUGCCCCUAUCCGAGGAUGAUGCCAAAUACCUUUUCAAGGAUCUCUUGAAUGACUUCAAUAUCAACCCCUAUAGUCCGUGGGAGAAGCUUCUCGAGGAAGGCAAGAUCAUCGAUGAUUUGAGAUACACUGCGCUCAGCACUACGAAAGCACGCCGAGACUGCUGGGAUGAAUGGACGCGUGAGAAGAUUGCAGAGUUGAAGGAGCAACGGGCGAAGCAGGAAAAGCGGGAUCCUCGUAUUGCUUACCUGGCAUUCCUGCAAGAAAAGGCCACCCCGAAGCUGUACUGGCCCGAGUUCAAGAGGAAGUACAAGAAGGAGGACGUCAUGAAAGAUCACAAGAUCAACGACAAGGAUCGCGAAAAGGCGUACCGAGAACAUAUUGCGCGGCUCAAAAUGGCCCAGCCUAAGCUCAAGUCUGAUCUGACUGCCCUGCUCAAGGCCCAGCCUGUGCAUCUGCUUAACAACAAGUCGCUAUCUACCGGCUUACCCGACCCGGUCCUCACCGACAUUCGAUACAUAUCGCUUGAGCCCAAAAUCCGCGAUCCCCUGAUCGAGGCUUACGUGAGCAACUUGCCUCCACCACCCGAGGACCUGGAUGCGGCAAAAGACGACGAGGAACAGCGAAAGCAGCGCGAUGCUCGCGAAAAACGCGAGAAGGCGCUAGAAGAAAGGAAUCGUGCGGUGGAAGAGCAGAGAAGGAAGAGAGAACGUGAGGUAGCGGCCAGUAAAGCCAGAUUGAGAGAAGAGGAAAGGGAGAUCGAGAUGGCUAUGAGAGUAGGCAAACAGGGGCUGCAAAGUCAAUUGGCCAGCAUGAAGGAGGCGGAAAAGGAGUCUUGA